AUGCCAAAAAGAGAACAAAUAAAAAAAAAAGAUAGAAAAAGUCGGGGUGUUACAGCGGGGGAGGGAGGAUUGGUUCGUGGCUCUGAUGGAGGCCUUUUGCGGGCCUUCUGUGCUCCGGUUGCUGCAUCAUCGAGCUUUGAGGCGGAGCUUUUGGCUCUGAUUCAGGGUUUGGCGAUGACUAUGGAGCUUUCUACUCACAUUUGGAUAGAGCUAAACUCAGCGGCUCUGGUUAGCUUGUUGUCAUCUGGACAUCUUGGCGCCGCAGAUUUUAGACAUCAUAUGGCUUUGAUCCGGAGCAUGACAUCUCAGCGGCACGUUCGCUUCUCACACAUCUACAGAGAAAGGAACCGGGCUGGCAGGUAUGGGGUCCAGACCCCUGCCUUUACAUACUUUGAUCCAAUCUCUGCGCCUCAGUAUCUGAAGGUGCUCGUUAGGAUGGACCAGUUGGGAUAUCCUAACUUCCGCUACCGACAUAGAGAUGUGGAUUGA